AUGAGAUAACAGAAACUAGUACCUUCUGGUUCAACUUUCCUGUCCAAGCAGACCAUAUGUUCAAAUCAGCAAAGAUUUGCAUAUGCAGGUGACUCACAUGUUUACAUUUACGACUUGAAAACAUUCAGACUAGAGAAGAUUUUACCGUUUUGCGAUGUGAGUGUCACUCAUAUACUCUUCCACCCAACAAAUCCCAGCAUUAUUGGAUGCCUGGCCAUGGAUAGCACAUUCGAAAUAUGGGAUCUCUCAACAGAGAAAAACUUGUUUACUUUUGAAAUGGACAAGGGAAUUAAACAUAUUGACUGGAAUGAAGGGGACACUAAUCUAAUUUCAUUCGUUUUUAAAAGAAGUGUUUUGGUUGAUGACUUGAGAAUUCUAGAUAUCAUCACUAAAAAGUAAGAAAAGCCAUUCUCGGUAUCUGAGGAAAUUACUAUCUCAAAGUGGAAUCCAAAAAAGCAACGACAAUUGGCUAUGGGUACAAUUGAAGGAAUAAUAUAUAUUUACGACAUGGACACAAAAGCUAAGCAGAUGAUGGAUAAAAAUAUAUAAUUGCCAGUGGUUGAUCUUUGCUGGAACCCAGGUGAAAACCUCAUCAUUGCGCAGUAUGAAAACGGUAUUAUGACUAUGUAUUCUACAGAAUCUUGCAACUUAGCUAUGAUCUUCGAAAAGCAGCCAACUGGGAUAUCUUCUUUUUCCUGGGUAGAUAAUAUCUCAGGAGAUAUUGUCACAUCAACUAACAAGGUCGGAGCUUUGAGACUGUGGAAUGCCUCAAAUCCUGUUCCUAAGGAUAUGAUCAAAGUAGGCCCGCAUGGCAUCUCAAGUAUAGCUCCAAUUAAAGGAAAGCAAGCAGUCUUUCUGCUAUAAUUUAAGAAUGGUCAAGUUACAGUCUUCAACUUGAGAAAAAGAAAAAUACUAUUUUAGACUGAAGUUGCUCACACUUGCCAAGUCUAAAGGUGUGCAAUCAAUCCAAAUAAUCAUCUAAAGAUGGCAACUGUAGGUUAUGAUAACUCAAUCAGAAUAUGGGACUCUAAUGAGAUGACUGUGGUUAACAUUAUUGAAGACAGAGGCAGCAAAGGUGAAAAAGACAAUCAAAUAAAUGCUCUUGCCUGGCAACUAAUCUAAAGCAACCCUUAAGAUGAAAUCUUAGUGCUUGGUACUGCAGCUGGAUUUGUCAAACUUGUUGAUGUCAAGAAAAAUAAAAUUGCUUAGAAACUAGAAAUAUCUUAUUUCUUGAAAUAUGAUCAUAACAAAUUGGAGAUUACUAAGAGCAUUAAUUUAAAUGAUCCAGUUAGAUCUGUAUCCUGGAACCCAUAAAAACCUAACAUUGUUGCAGCAGGUUUAUUCAAUGGUUCAAUUAUAUUGAUCGACAGUGAGAGUUACAAAAUCAAUCAAGAACUAGUAGGCUGCACAGAUAAAGUGCUUUGCCUUAAAUGGCAUCCUUAGUUUGACUAUAUUCUGGCUUCAGGGUCUUCAGACAACUUCGUUCGUGUUUGGGACACAAAAAAUAAUGGGCACAAAAAUUUAGAGUAUCACAAAUCAAGAGUGAGAAGUUUGUCAUGGAAUCAUGAGUUGCCUUGGUUGCUGAUAUCAGGAGGUGAUGACUCAUUCCUUGGGAUGUGGGAUAUCAGGUCAAAUAAGCUGAUAUAUGAGACUUAUGAGCCUUGCAUUUCAACUUCAUCGUUUACUAUGCAUCCUAAAAAGCCAUUCACUCUGGUAUCUUCUCAUUUAGAUAACAGCUUGAUAUUCUGGGAUUUAAUGAGCAUCCCUGAUGUUUUUCAAACCCAAAUGAAGUUCCUGCUUGACCUCGGACUAGUUGAGACACUCUGUGAUUCUCAUGACCAAAUGAUUCCUGAAGUCAAGGGUAAAUUGUCUGGAGAGCAAAGCAAGAAUCUCCUUACAUAGAUAAGAAAGCAAAGCUAAAUUGAAAGAUUAGUCUAGGUACUGAAAUACUUCAAUCAGCAAGACGGUGAUUUAGAACUUUGGUACAUGAUUUCCAUAAUGUCUGGAAAGGGACCAACUCAGGAAGCUACAAACAGCAGAGUUUUCCAUAUUUAAGAUAGUACGUCUGCCUAUAAAUCUAAGGCCUAAGAUUUACAAUAGGUUUCAGGCUUAAAAUUACUUGGAACAGCUCUCUCUAAAAAAGAGGAUAGACUCAAAGAGUCAGCCAAUCUGAUGUUGAAAUCAGGAAGUUUCUAAGACUACUGUGAAAUAAUGAUGCAGCUAAAUAAUUAUGAAGCAGCGAUUGCAGUGGCUCCAAAGGUGUCUCUCAAAUACUGGCACAACAGCAUCAGGAAAUACAUUGAUUAUCUGACUGAGAUCAGCUAGAAACCUCAAGUCAAUGAAUCAGGAAAGUAUAUUGACCCUUAACAAGAGAAAGUGCAUUAUCUCUUGCUUUUAAAUUAAGUGGAGGAGGCAGCACAGAUAAUGCAUUAGAGAGGAGAAACCCAAGAUGCUUUAAUGGUUAAAUCACUGCAUAUGUCUGGUGGUAUCUUUUAAGAUACUCUUUCUAGGCAUGAGAGAUUCUAAGCAAAUAGUCUUUAAUCUAUUAAAUCAAUCAAUGACUUAGGCCCUAAUGACAAGCAACUGGAUGAGUUCACUGUUGCUUAGGCUCAGAAGAAGUUCAAUUAGAAUCUGCCUAUUUUAUCAUCAGCAAUUCAUCUUUCCCUCCAAGAUUCCAAGAAAGCUAUAUAAAAAUUGUUGCUAAGUAACAAUCUAGAAUACGCUUUUGCCGUGUCCAAGAUGUUUAUGCCAAGAUCCUUAGACUAUGUGAGCACUUUGCUUAUACUGAAGGCACUGGAAUCUGAAUCUGCAAAUAUUAGCUAGAAAUUGAUUGAAACAAUAUAAGAUAACAGAUUAAAGACUAUGCUUGAAUCAGUUUUCGAAUUAAAUCAAACUGAAAAUGAUGAAGAAUAAAAAAAGUAGGGAGUGUAAGAUACUGUAUAUGACUAAUUAGCAGCUAAAAACGUCAAAAGAGCAUCUAAAAUUGCAAUCAAUUAAUUCAGAACUGAUGAAUCAGCAGGAUGCUUUAAGGCCCAAACUUUUGAAGCAUUUUAUCUACUUGGUCUAUUUGAUUUAGAUUAACUACCAGAUGAUAUAUUUGCUGAAACACUCUAGUGCUUCUUCGUUCUCGGUGCUCUUAAGGCUCUAUACUUCAGAAUGUUUGGUAUGUUCAGAACAUUAGUAGAAUUCGCUAAAGACACCUGCCUUUAUCAAACUUUCAACACUCUGAAAGAUUUAUCGAAGUUCAAUGAUCAAGAUUUGAUGAAAGAGGUGAAUGACAAAUCAAAUUCUUUCAUUCAGAAGAACAUGCAAUAGCUCUUGCAAUUCACUGCUUAGUAUCUACCAAUGUUUGAUGAGCCUAUCUAAAUUAAACACACAUGGAUACAUUGCACCAAGAAGAUAGAAAGAGAAGAAUCAGAAAUGGAAUACUCAAAGCUAACAGGAGCUAUCAUAAAAACUGUAACUUAUUCAUAUUUUCUUAUAAACUUAUAGUCACCAGGCUUCUUGCUGGAGGAGGACUAGGAGGUGGCAAACUUAGAGGAGGCAUUAGAUUUAGCUAUGUUAAUGCCUCUCUCACCAGUUACUCAAACAUGCAAGAGAAGAAUUAUACCAUAUUGA